AUGGAUGUCAAUUUGAGUGGUCAAGCAGAAGAAAUGGACAGUGGCAGUCAGUCAUCUGCAGAGGAAUUAUAUGCAGUUUCAGCAAGUUUGAAUCCUCCAGCCGCAAAAACUACAAAGGCUGCAGAGAUUAAACACGACCAACGCAUCAAACUCGCUUUGACAGAAGAAGACCUUUUUGUUAAAGAAGUGAAGCACCACAAGACUUGUUACAAGCAAUUUACGCGGUGCGUUGAUCAAGUCAAGCUUGACAAAGAAACUGAGCAAGAUGCUGCUCACCCUGCUGCUGGUCAUAGAUCAUCUCGUAUUGAUUUUGUUGUAGACACCUAUCCAUCAGUUUCAACAAAGGCAUACGAGAGGGCUGCUCGCUCUACAGCUGGAACAAUACGUGUCAAGAUUUUCGAUGAUCAACAGUCUUGUCCUAAGCAAUGGAAAAAAUUUCUUCCAGCAGACGAAAAAAGGUUAGAGCUUGUAGAUUUUUUGGUACAGAUGUGGGGCAGCAGUAGGUAUGCCGAACGACUAUAUGGUGUGCAGCUAUUCGUUUGUCAUCGACAACUCUGCAGUCUUCUUACAUCAGAAGAUGCUUCCUCAGUCCUUGUUUCUUCGGUACCAGCUCUUACUUCAGAUCAUGAAGAGGCCGACAGUCACAUUUUCUUACAUGCCAAGCAUGCAUCAAAUGGUGGCUUUGCCUGUGUUGUCAUAUCCUCUCCUGACACCGACGCAGCAGUGAUAGGAAUCCAUCAUGCCAAUGCCAUCAACGCAUCAUUGCUAUGGCUCACUGGCACAAAGGUAGGACGCCAUUGCAUUAAUCUCACGGAAAUCGCUGUCACUUUAAGCGAAGACAUAUCUUUCGCUUAG